UCAACAGCUGGCUGACUAUGAGCCAGCAGUGUGCCCAGGUGGCCAAGAAAGCCAACAGCAUCCUGGCUUGUAUCAGGAAUAGUGUGGCCAGCAGGACUAAGGAAGUGGUCAUCCCCCUGUACUCGGCACUGCUGAGGCCGCACCUCAAAUAUUGUGUUCAGUUUUCGGCCCCUCACUAGAAGAAAGACACUGAGGUGCUGGAGCAUGUCCAAAGAACGGCAACAAAGCUGGUGAAGGGUCUAGAGCACAAGUCUUAUGAGGAGUGACUGAGGGAACUGGAUUUGUUUAUCCUGGCGAAGAGGAGGCUAAGAGGAGACCUUAUCACUCUCUACAACUACCUGAACGGAGCUUGUAGCAAGUGGACAUUAACUUAAUAGUACGCAGCAAAAUGAAGAAUGGAGAAGAAGCUCUGUGAAAGAAGGUUCCAGCACUAACUGUUCAGAAGGAAAAUGAAGUCUCCAUUGUAUUUGUGUUUGUUGCUUCUUGAAGUUCAAGUCCAGGGUCAACAUAGGUCCAGCCUCAAUGAUGAACAGCAGGAACAAAAAAUACUCCAUUCCCCAGAAGACCAUUCCCAGCCUGAUGGUGAAAACUUGGCUCAUAUCAAGAUGGCCCCCAGCAAUUAUGACUUUGCAUUUAGGUUUUACAAGCAGGUCAGAGAGGAGGUGGGCAACAAGAACAUUUUAUUCUCUCCUUUGAGCAUCUCCACUGCCUUUGCAAUGCUCUCCCUGGGAGCCAGAUCAAACACACUCAGUCAGCUGCACAAAGGCCUUGCCUUCAACCUGACAGAGAUGGAGGAGCAGGAGAUCCAUGAGGGAUUUCAUCGUGUCCUCCAGCUGAUGAACGACCCUCACCGAGAAGUCCAGUUGAGCAUGGGCAAUGCCCUGUUCAUAGAUGAUCGACUGAAACUGCUUCAAAAAUUUUUGGAUGAUGUGACAAAUUUUUAUUAUUCUGAAGUUAUUUCUAGUAACUUCCAGAAUUCUCCAGAAGCUAUAAAGGAAAUCAAUAACUACAUAGAAACAAAAACCCAUGGGAAAAUUGUUGAUUUAUUCAAGAGUCUUGAUCCAGACACUGUGAUGGUUCUGGUUAACUACAUUUUCUUUAAAGGCUACUGGGAAAGACCUUUCAACAGUUUGGUCACCAGAGACGAUGACUUCUUGUUGGAUGCCAAGAAUUCUGUUAAGGUCAAAAUGAUGUAUCAAAACAAAGCCUUUAAUAUCCACAGGGAUGAGAAGUUGUCUUGCUGGGUAUUAGAAAUGCCAUACAAAGGAAAUGCUGCUGCAUUGUUUAUUCUGCCUGAUGAAGGGACAAUGAGGCAAGUGGAGGAUGCUCUGCUAAAAGAGACAAUGUCUAAAUGGAUGCAAUCACUUGAAAAAAGAAAAAUCUACCUGUACCUUCCAAAAUUCUCCAUCUCCACUUCCUAUGAUGUUAAAAGCCUGUUUGAGAAAAUGGGUGUGACAGAGGUGUUCAGUGACCAGGCUGAUCUCUCUGGAGUGGCAGAAAACACUCUUCUGAAGGUUUCCAAAGCAAUUCACAAGGCCAUGGUGGAUGUUAGUGAGAAUGGCACAGAGGCUGCUGCAGUGACUGUGAUAGAACUGGUACCAUUGUCUGCAGUCAUUCCUCCUCCUCCUCACAUCAGAUUCAACAGGCCCUUCCUGAUGAUGAUUAUUGACAAAACCACCCAUGGCAUCCUCUUCAUGGGGAAAAUUGUGAACCCAGCUGCCAGGGAAGACUAGGCCAGAGCACUAGUACUCCCCAGUGCAGAGAAGAGAGCUUGUGCACAUCCCAGAGACUUCUUUGAAAAAAGGGUCUAGGAUUGAUCCUAAUUAACAAAUAAAUAAAUAUUAUAUGAAGUUAUUCUUCACUUACAAACAGACA